AUGUUGACAACUACAAUCUCUACUUUGCCCAGAGACGCCCAUUUGGGACAAACGGCAGCACCGACGUACACAUUUCAGCAUGCAGUUCAAGCCCAUAGAAACGGGGAGCCUUUGUCUCAAACAACGCAAAGACUGCUCUCGGAAUUGAGCAAAACCGAGCGUCUCCAUCUCCUCGACGGUGAUGCGCCAUUCUACGAAGGUCUACGAGGAAUCCUUCGUGACCGUUACAACCGGGUACCUUUUGUUAUGGGUGCAAUCCCACGCUUGGAAAUCCCCGGCAUCCGGUUCACAGACGGCCCUCGUGGAGUUGUCAUGGGCGCUUCGACCGCCUUCCCAGUGCCCAUGGCUCGCGGUGCAACUUGGGACAUCAAUCUAGAGCGACGUAUCGGCGAUGCAAUCGGACUAGAAGCAAAAGCACAGGGUGCAAAUUAUUUUGCAGGUGUGUGUGUCAAUUUGCCGCGGCAUCCUGCAUGGGGUCGAAUUCAAGAGACGUACAGCGAGGACCCUAUACUGUUAGGAGAGUUCGGUCUUGCCCUUACACAAGGUGUGCAGAAACAUAUCAUGGCUUGUGUGAAGCACUUUGCGCUAAACUCGAUGGAGAAUGCUCGCUUUCGAGUAGAUGUGAGAGUCGAAGAGGACAUUCUACACGAAGUCUAUCUCCCCCAUUUUAAACGCAUCAUCGAGGGCGGUGCGGCAUCUGUGAUGUCCUCCUACAACGCAGUUAAUGGCGAAUGGGCUGGUCAAAGUCGACUUCUGCUCACGGAUAUUCUACGACACGAGUAUAAAUUCGAUGGGUUCGUUCUGUCAGACUUUAUUUUCGGUCUUCGAGAUGCUCCACUUUCUUUGAAAAAUGGUCUGGAUAUUGAGGCCCCUUUCACACAACAGAGGGCCGUGGGCCUUACGGAAGCACUGGAAUCCGGAGAGCUUGACUGGUCGGUUGUAGACGUGGCCUGUUCAAGAAUACUACGGAAGCAGCUUGAGUUUGCAGUGAACACUAGUGCAAGUCAGCCAGAAUCCUCCAUCGUGUUCUGCGAGGAGCACAGGGCAUUGGCUCGGGAGGUAGCAGGUCGAUCCAUCGUUCUAUUGAAGAAUGAACCAGUUACAGCUGAUGGUAAGCCUCUGCUGCCACUCGAUGCGACGAAGAUAUCGAGAAUCGCUGUGGUCGGCCGACUAGCAAAUGUUCCAAAUACCGGUGAUAAGGGUUCUUCUCAAGUCUUUGCUCCUCAUGUAGUGACGCCAGUCGAGGGAUUAAGGGCCGCAUUUCCUCACGCUGAUAUUAUCCUCGAGGAAUCAGAUUCGGUGGAACGGGCAAGGGAACUUGCUGAGAAGGUCGAUCUUGUUAUUUGUGUGGUAGGGUAUAAUGCGACCGAUGAGGGUGAAUACGUUGUUCCUUCUCUACAGUCUGAUAUUUGCCUGUUGGACCUGUUUCCUCUGGCAGAAACAGAUGAAGAGAAAGAAACACUUGCGAUUGUAAAGGGUGAUACAAGCGGUGGCAAGCUGGACUCUGCACUUGAAGUUGGGGCUGGUGGGGAUCGCAGGUCGCUCCGUUUGCGACCUGACGAUGUUGAAUUGAUCACGGCUGUCACAGCCGUGAAUCCAUAUACGGUUGUGUCCAUAAUAGCUGCGGGUGCUGUUAUUAUGGAGGAAUGGAUAGACCAAGUCCCUGCAUCUGUUAUGAGUUGGUAUGCGGGUUCAGAAGGUGGCCACGGUUUGGCUGAUGUUUUGAUUGGCCACACCGAUGCUAGUGGGAGGUUGCCUUUCUCUAUUCCCAAGGAUGAGAGCCAUCUCCCAUAUUUCGACAUUGAAGCGACAGAGAUCAAAUACGACCGUUGGCAUGGACAGAGCCUGCUCGACAGGCUCGGUGUAGAAGCUAGAUUUCCUCUGGGUUUUGGACUGUCAUACACCUCCUUCUCCAUCACCGAUCUUCGCAUAGGCACUUUGGGCUCUAGCGACAUUAUGGAUACAAUACAGAUUCAUGUCAACGUCGCAAAUAACGGACCGCGCGACGGAAGGCAUGUUAUUCAAGUCUAUGGACUUGCAGAGAUGCCUGACUUCCCGUCUCGAGUGCUCUUGGGAUUUCUUCCGAUAGACUUGGAUGCAGGGCAAUUUAAAGACGUCACAAUGGACGUGUCAGUGAGACCUCUUCAGAGGUGGGUGGCUGGUGAAUUCGUAUUGCCAGGUAAGGAAGUCACAAUCGAGGUUGCGGCUUUUGCAGGCGAUUCAAAGGCACUACGAGCGAUUACUAUGUUGUAA